GUGAAACAAACUGCAAAAGAUAUUGGGAAUGUAGUCAACCAUUCAUGUGAUUAGCUUAUAUCGAGAUUCGAGAAGAACAUCAGAGGUACCAAAGGCUAUGGCAGAGAUCACGAAACCAUUUGGGACUUCUCUUUUGGUACCAUCGGUUCAAGAAUUAGCUAAAGAAAAUACAUCUAGCGUUCCACAAAGAUACAUUCAACCUCAACAUGAUAACGUUGUGAUCUUCUCUGAAGCUAAUAGUAUCCUUGAGAUCCCAAUUAUUGAUAUGCAAUGCUUGCUCUCUGUGGAAUCUGGUAGUUCCGAAUUGACCAAGCUUCACCUUGCAUGCAAGGAAUGGGGAUUCUUUCAGCUGAUAAACCAUGGUGUUAGCUCUUCCUUGGUGGAGAAAGUGAAGUUAGAGAUUCAGGAGUUUUUCAAACUUCCAAUGUCGGAGAAGAAAUUUUUUUGGCAGAGUCCACAAUAUAUGGAGGGUUUUGGACAAGCAUUUGUUGUGAGUGAUGAUCAAAAGCUUGAUUGGGCUGAUAUGUUUUAUAUGACUACCCUUCCAACACACUCAAGAAUGCCUCAUUUAUUUCCACAACUACCUCUUCCAUUCAGAGACUCUUUAGAGCUUUACUCACAAGAAAUAAAAAAUCUAGCCAUGGUUAUUAUUGCACAUAUGGAAAAAGCUCUUGAAGUGGAAGAAAUGGAAAUGAUAAAGUUGUUUAAAAACUUGAGACAGGCAGUGAGGAUGAACUAUUACCCUCCAUGUCCUGAACCAGAGAAGGUUAUUGGCCUCACACCCCAUUCAGAUGGAGUUGGUCUCACUAUCCUCCUACAAGUCAAUGAAGUAGAAGGACUCCAAAUAAAGAAAAAUGGCAUGUGGGUUCCUAUCAAGCCCCUACCUAAUGCCUUCAUUAUCAACAUUGGAGAAAUUCUAGAGAUGAUAACGAAUGGGAUAUACCAAAGUAUUGAGCACAGGGCAACAGUGAACUCAGAAAUAGAAAGGCUUUCAAUUGCAACAUUCCAUAGCCCUAAACAAGACGUUGAAGUAGGUCCCGCGGCUAGCUUAAUCACAGAACAAACACCAGCAAAGUUCAAAAGAAUUAGAAUUGAGGAAUUUAGGGGCCUAUUUUCUCGUAAACUUGAUGGAAAGUCUUACUUAGAUACCAUAAGAAUAUAAUAGUAUUAGAGAAUAUAAUUAGUAAUUAUAUUCUCUAAUAUAUAGCAUCGCAAUUGAAGUGAUAAAAUUAGCUACUAUCUUUACAGCAUUGUCACCAUAUGUCAUUGCUAGAUUGU